AUGAAAAGUAAGAUAGUUCUUCCACCUCCUGGAGUGUUUCAAACGGCGGAUAUGUACUUGCGUAAGCACUGGAAACGAGUGCAACACCUUAGCAAUGAAUUCUGGACGCGGUGGAGGAAAGAGUUUUUGCAUGCUUUACAAGAACGACAAAAAUGGUUCCGUCCAAGAAGAAAUUUCAAGGUUGAUGACGUUGUUAAAGAUAAUGAUACACCUCGGAAUCGUUGGUCGUUAGCUCGUGUGGUAAAGGCCGACGAAGAAGAAGACGGUUUAGUCCGUAAAGUGAAGCUUGCUGUCGGAGAUCGGAAAAUCACGAACCAAGGAAAGAGGACAAACUCAUUGAGAACACUAGAACGUCCAAUCCACAAACUGGUGUUAUUAGUACCAUGUGAACAAUGA